AUGGCUAAAAUUCACUUUUUAAAGGUUUGUUAUUUGUUACUUCUUGUUUUUCACUUUACUGACAUGGCAAAAAAGACAAAAUUAUGUGGCGAUAUAAAAUGUGCAGAAAAGCUGUUCCAAUCGACAAUUAAACGAUCGUAUAUUUCGCAGCAUAGUUCUUUUUUAUCUUAUGAUGUAAAUAAUAUUAUCGAUGUUUAUGCGAUAAGGAGAAGCGAUCGUCCAGAGCUUUUAGAAGGAUCGCUUCAAGGCGAACCGAGUCGUCGUGGCUACUUUUUCUCUACGCAUAUGGAGUCACUUAACUAUAUUGAAUUUCUCGAAGACGCUUUAAAGAAGAAUAAGACAUUUUAUAAGAUUAGUGUGGAGCAAGAAGAUUUAGAUUCAACAAAAUUGGUUGGUUAUUUUGUUUCAGAAAAAGGCACUCAUACCGGUCACAGCCAUGGUGAUCAUGGGUCUUCCCAUGGAGGGCAUGGGCACUCUCAUGGUAGUCAUGGGCAUUCACAUAACGAGUAUGGGCACUCGCAUGGGCCUCAUAAAGAAACACAUGAUAGAAAGCAUAAAAUUCCUCCGCCUUUGAAAAGCUUAGAGGACAGCCCAGUGGUUUCACAAAACCAGUUUGUCAAAUCGGGAGGUAUAUUUUUCUAUAAUUCUUUAAAUAGAAUUAUCAAGCAACUUUUAUUUUUAGAUCCAGUGCCCACAGAUGUCAAGCCGAUUAUUCCGGAAAGUGACGUCGACAUUGAAAAAUUGUCUCCUGAACAGCCGAAGUACCCUACGCCGCAUCCUGCCAAAGCCGAUCCAUUGGAAGUUGAGAAGUUACCAGAGGCCAGAAUCGUGGAAACCACUGUUGUUUCUCCACAACAGCCACCACCCGUUGGCACAGCCAAGCUUGCCUCAGUAGAGGUUAAUAUUGAUUUUUUCGUCUUUCCGAUUAUGCAUCUUAGAAUUGUUAUAACUUCUAUUGUUUUAUCCUUCAUCAUCAAUUAUCCUCGUUUUUUUUUUCUGACAAGAAGGAUACUAUAUUAUUACUGCACAGUAGCUUCAAGUUCAGGCUUGUUGGUAAAUUGGUAG